AAACAAUAUUGUAAAGCAGUUAUCCUCCAAUUAAAAAUUUCUUUAAUUUUUAAUUAAAUAUUUUUAUUUUAAAGUACAUAUAUGAAAAAGAAAAAGAAAUGCUUGUGAGACUUGCAUAAAAAUUUAGAUUUCCCACUAAAGAGCCUUUGGGGCCAGAGGCCUGGUGGGUAGGUGAGAAAACUACUAUUUCAGAAUCAGUCUAUUCUCAUUUUAAUAGACAGUUUGAGUAGUUUGGAAAGUUGUUGGGCUUUUUGUGUUUUUGAUUUUUUGAAUGAGCUGGAAUCUUGCCCCUGUUUUCUGAUACCCACCCUUUGCUCCUAGUUCUACCCUUUAGAGGAGAGUUUAGAGAAUAGUUCUCUAGUACAACUUACUGUGAUGAUGGAAAUGUCCUGUAUUUGUAGUAUCACAUAUGGUACCCACUGUGGCCAGUGAAACAGAAGAACUGAAUUUUUAAAUUUUAUUGUAGUGUAUCAGAUAGCCACAUGUAGCUAGUGGCUACUUUAUUAUCCUCCUCAGUUCUAGAACAUGACAGAAUAAAAAAUCUUAGGUGAAACUCUUAAAUUUACUUGUAUCUUCUCUAAGCAGAAAACUCCCCCAUUUCUUCAACCCAGAGCUUCUGGAAAACUGCCACUUCUCUUUUUCCCUGAGAAAUAAGGAGGGAGUGGUCUUUUUCCAAAGACACCUUAUUUGCAGUCAUCAUGGUUUGCAUUCUUCAUCUGAAUGUUCUCUGUAAUUGUAUCCCAAUAAUUUCAAACCUAAGUAAAUGAUAAGGACAGAUAUUUUACAAAUUUAAUUUGUUGUCUUUGGCUUAGAUUGCUGAAAGGAAUUUCAGGGUGGUUUAGGAGGACUCCUGUUACUAUAGUCUGACCUUUAAUACUGAUUAAGUAUUUUAUUUAACUUGUACAUAUUGAGUAUCUGCUGUGUUCCAAGCAUUCUUCCAGAUAUUGGGGAUGGUCCUGAAGAACUGGAUAUUUCUGAAACUGGGAAGGGAGAGCAGCAAGAAUGAUAAAGAGUAGGUCUUAACUACUUAGAUGCAGUUAUGGGAGACAUGCAAAGCUCUCUAGCAGUCCUUCCUUUACAAGAUGAAGGAGUGGUUCUGAUGAAAGACUUGGAUAUCUAGUUUGAAUUUGGAUUUUUAGAUAAUAAAGGAAUUUUAUAAUAUCUGAAGUUUAUAAUAUAAGCUCUCUAAAGUCAGAGACUGUGGUUUUAUAUCUAUAUUUUCCAUGUUUCCAGUUCAUUGCAAAUAUAAAUACUUGGUAAAUUUUGUUGAAAUGCAUUAAUUCAUUUGAUUAAUUCAACAGUUUAACACUGUGAUGGUGAUACAAACGUGUAUAGUAAAUUAAUGAACAUGCUGGGGAAGACAGGGGUGAAUGUUCCUGAAAUUCCUUGUAUCCCAAUGCUAAGGCACCUUUACAUGAAGUGGGUAAGACUCACUAAACCACAACCGUUCAAAGAUUUUCUUUGCAUCAGUUUACGAACUUUUGUCAUGAGGAACUGUGCAGGACCCACAAACUCCUUGAAAUAUGUCCCUUUAGUAACAGGCCUAGCCUCUGCCCGCAACUUGGAACAUUUAGAAAUGGUUCGAGUUCCUUUUCUUGGAGGUCUUAUUCAGCAUGUAGUUGAAGACAGUUGGAGAUCAGGUGGUUUCCGAAAUUUGCACACUAUUGUUUUGGGAGCUUGUAAAAAUGCACUUGAAGUAGAUCUUGGUUACCUCAUCAUCACUGCUGCCCGUAGGUUACAUGAAGUUCGGAUCCAGCCUUCCCUAACCAAAGAUGGCGUCUUUUCCGCCCUAAAGAUGGCAGAGUUGGAAUUCCCCCAGUUUGAAACCCUUCAUCUGGGAUAUGUAGAUGAGUUUUUGCUGCAGAGCAGAAUGGCUAAUGCAGAUCUGGUGAAAUAUGGUUUGGCUGAUGUGGUGGAAAAUCCUGGUAUUAUCACUGAUAUAGGGAUGAAGGCAGUCAAUGAAGUUUUCUCCUGUAUCAAAUAUCUGGCAAUUUAUAAUUGCCCCCAUCUACAUAACCCAUACAAUUGGAUCUCAGACCACUCAAGGUGGACUCGAUUGGUUGAUAUCAACUUAGUGCGUUGCCAUGCUUUGAAGCUGGACUCCUUCGGCCAGUUUAUUGAAUUGUUGCCCAGCCUGGAGUUUAUUUCACUGGACCAAAUGUUUCGUGAACCACCCAAAGGCUGUGCUCGGGUUGGUCUGAGUGCAGGCACGGGAAUUGGGGUUUCCUCGGCCCUUGUUAGCAAUCAGAACUCUAACAAUGACAAUGAUAAUAAUGCCCAGAAUAAUGCCAACAUCCACGACAACAAUCACCAUCACCCAGAUGACUCAGAUGAGGAGAAUGACUUCCGGCAAGACUUGCAGCCAGGAGAGCAGCAGUUUGCAGCCGACGCACUGAAUGAGAUGGAAGACAUGGUGCAAGAAGAUGGAGAGGUGAUGGCCGAGAGUGGACACGAGACUCCAGCUCACAGUCAGGCAGUUGUUCCUGUGGAUGUUGACGAGGAGCAAGCAGGACCCAGUGGUCUUCAGCGUGUAGUGAAACCAACCCCAAUUACUGUUCAUGACUCAGAGAGUGAUGAUGAAGAAGACAGUCUAGAACUCCAAGAAGUCUGGAUUCCUAAGAAUGGUGCCCGGCGUUUCUCUGAGCGUGAAGAAAAAACCGGAGAGUCUUUGCAGUCCAGGGAAUUAUCAGCAGUAAGUGGAAAAGGCAAGACUCCACUUCGAAAGAGGUACAACUCCCAUCAGAUGGGCCAGUCGAAGCAGUUUCCUCUCGAGGAAAGCAGCUGUGAGAAAGGCUGUCAGGUCACCAGUGAGCAGAUCAAAGCCGAUAUGAAAGCAGCUAGGGAUAUACCUGAAAAGAAAAAAAACAAGGAUGUUUAUCCCAGCUGCAGCAGCACCACCGCCAGCACAGUGGGAAACUCCAGCUCACACAGCACUGCUUCUCAAAGCCCCGACUUUGUAAGGACGGUGAACAGCAGCGGCUCUUCCGAGCCUAGCCCUACAGAAGUGGAUGUGUCCAGGCAGUGUGUCUGCUCCCCCGGUGGGUCAGAGGACUCUGAGGCCAUGGAGGAGGGAGAUGCAGAGAGUUCUGUCUGCCCCAGAUGCUGCUGUCACAGGCCCCAGGAAUCCCAAAGGAGAACUAGCAGGUGUUCUGAUGAGGAACGUCCUUCAACCAGCCGAGCCUGUGUUGUGAAUGGCCCGGAUGGUACGAGAUCCGCCUUUUCCUUUAGGACUCUGCCACAAGGGGGGUCUUCAGGCCCAGCACAUGAUGAGAGGACUAAUGGGAGUGGCUCUGGGGCUACAGGUGAGGACAGGAGGGGGAGCUCCCAGCCUGAGCGCUGUGACGUGCAGUCUAAUGAAGACUACCCUCGGAGGCCCCUAACAAGGGCCAGGAGCAGACUCUCCCAUGUACCGCUGGUAUCUGAGUCAGGUAUGACAAUGCUGCCAGGAGUAGCUACUGCAGAAGUUGCCAAAACAAAGCCACGUCAUGCCAUGAAGCGGAAGCGGACAGCAGAUAAGUCCACCAGUACCAGUGAUCCUGUGAUUGAGGAUGACCAUGUGCAGGUCCUUGUAUUAAAAUCCAAAAAUCUUGUUGGAGUCACUAUGACCAACUGUGGAAUCACAGAUCUAGUGCUGAAAGACUGUCCCAAGAUGAUGUUCAUCCAUGCUACAAGAUGCAGGGUACUGAAACAUUUAAAAGUAGAAAAUGCACCAAUCGUAAACCGAUUUGAUUAUGCACAGUGCAAGAAACUGAAUAUGGAUCAGGUACUAGACCAGAUACUAAGGAUGCCUCCUGAGAGAAACCGUAUCAUAUACCUACGCCCCAUGCAGCAGGUGGACACACUAACAUUGGAGCAGAAGCUGUUUAGUGGUCCCUACCCUUAUCAUAUCUGUAUUAUCCAUGAAUUCAGUAACCCUCCCAAUGUCCGGAACAAGGUGCGCAUUCGCAGCUGGAUGGACACGAUAGCAAACAUUAACCAAGAGCUCAUUAAGUAUGAAUUCUUCCCUGAAGCCACACGAAGUGAAGAUGACUUAAAGAAGUACCCUAAGUAUCCCUGGGGUAGAGAAAUCUAUACUUUAGAAGGUGUUGUGGACGGAGCACCGUAUUCCAUGAUUUCAGACUUCCCUUGGUUGAGAUCACUACGGGCAGCAGAACCUAACAGCUUUGCCAGAUACGAUUUUGAGGAUGAUGAAGAAAGCACCAUCUAUGCUCCUCGAAGGAAAGGGCAGCUGUCUGCAGACAUCUGUAUGGAAACAAUAGGAGAGGAAAUUUCAGAGAUGCGUCAGAUGAAGAAGGGUGUGUUUCAGCGAGUAGUGGCGAUCUUUAUCCACUAUUGUGACGUCAAUGGAGAGCCUGUUGAAGAUGACUACAUUUAACUGGCCCUCUUCUCUCUAGCUGUCCUGGGAGUGCUGCUGGGGCCGUCCAGCUGCCAACAAGCCCCACAGAGACUUGGGGGUGUUCAGUUGGGAGGCCCGGGCUCAUUUUGGUGUAUAGAAAAUGUAUCAGGAACAUUGAAGUUGUAUACAAAGAUUUGUACAUAGAGGAGAUAUACAAAGAUACUUCCUAAGUACCAGCUUUAUAUCAUAUGUUUAUACAAUUUAAUUUAAAAGUUCAUUUUAAUGAAGGCAGGUAAUUGGAAAGAGUUCAUUUUGUUCAUUUUUCCAGACUUAGUUCAUAAAGUAUCAAUUUUUGGCUGAGCCCCCAUUUACUAUAUUCUUAAUAAUCACUGUCAUCCCCUUAAAUCUGUGCCUUUUUCUUCUCGAGCGAAGCUGUUUGAGUAAAUCUGUUGAAGAGUCUUUUUGUCUUGUGCUCUUUUGUGUUUAUUAAAACUCCAGCUAAACCUUAUAGUCAUAUGUUUCUGUACAAAGUUGUGGUUCUUUUUUCUCUUGGUAUUAUAGUUGCCGUAUUUCUUAAAAUGAAGUUAAAAAAAGACUUAUGAGUUUGAGGGGGAAAUGGAAAAGUUUCCAAAGCAUUUCUAGUUAUUUAUUUCCAUAUUCAGUUGUGUAUAUGCUUUAUCUUGAAUAUAAAAAUAAAAGUUUAUUAAAAAUGUU